AAUGACUGAAGAAGCUACUUUUAUUCAUCCUGGAUCAAUUCCAAACUUAAUUACAAACAACAGCAAAAAUGCAGAAAAACAACCAAUUAAAAUCCCUUCAGAAUUUAUUCCUCCAUCUCAAAGAGGAGAUGCUCCACUUGCUGCAAUAAUACCGCCAGAAUUGGAUGAUAUUGACCCGAGUUCAUUAUUCCCCGAUUUUGAUCAAAACGGGAUUUUGCGUUUCUCACGGCUUUUUGCAAAUGCCAAAGCUUCACUUAAAGAACAAAUUUGGUGGACUUCUAGAACAUUUAAGAAGAAAGGGGAAAAAACAGCAAAAUUAACAGCUGAACAAGAAGAAAUGGCAGCAAUUUCUAACCUCAAGUUGACUAGCGAAAUUAAAAAUGAAAAGUCAGCAGAAUCCAAGGAAAGCAAGGAGGGGAAUGUUGAAGAGAAGGAUGAAAAAGAAGAAGUUGUUGAAGAAGAAAUAGAUAAGGAAAAGACUUUAAAAUCUGGUUGGGACUUUAAAUUAGGCGGGUUGCCUAAAAAGAAGGAUUGUCUAAUUGAUGAAUAUGAAUUACUUUGUGCAGAAAAUUUGGAAGAAUUAUUAACCAAAAAUAAACAUUCACAACAAAUAAACGAGGAAGAUGAAGAAUCUGCUCCGCCUUGGAGGUUUGGACCUGCUCAAAUUUGGUAUGACCGUUUGGGUGUCCCAUCAAAUCCAGCAAAUUUUGAUUAUGGAAUGAAGAAAGGAAAGAUGUUUACUCCAAUGAGUGAGCCAAAAUCUCCAGCUAUAGAUGACAAAACUUUCCUUCCUGUUAACUUAAUUCAUUGGGAAGAUGAUAUAAUUAUUGAUGGAGAACAGGCAAAAGAAAAGCUAAUAAAAGAACUUUCUUCUGCCCGUCUUCCUAGAUGUGGCUGGAUUCCUACUUCACAUACAAGGACUUAUAAAGCUUUUAUGACUGCAUGGAAAAACAAAUCAUUCAUUGAAUACUUGGAAAACCCUGCAAAAGUAACUUCCCAAUCACAAUCUGGAACUUCUUCAGAUUUAAAAUCAGAUGCUCGACUACUUAUUGACUCACAACACUCAAUAUUUCCUUUUGAGAAUUAUGAAUUGUGCAAUUCAAAUUGGGAGGAUGAUAUUAUUUGGGAUAGUUCUAAUAUGCCUAGCAUACCUAAACCAAAAGUACUCUCCCUCGAUUAUGAGGAUGAUCCAAAGAUGUUUGGAAUGCCAGAAGAUGCUGUACAAGAUGAGGGAAGUGAUUCAAAAUCAUAUUCAAAGGUUGAGGGAGGUGGAAUAAAAAAAUCCAAAUUAAUUUUGGCUCAAGUAUUUAAACGACAACGUCAAGAAGAGGAAGAACAAAUAGAAACACAAAUAGCCCAAAUUGCAGAUAAAGAUCCUUUUAAUUUAUCAAAUGAUGAUUAUUAUAUGCCAAAAAAUACAGCAGAAAAAACUUCACGUUCAUUAGCAACAAAUAGUGGAAUUCAACAUUCUUUGCCAGCACAACAAAUUCAUCCAAUUUUUUUCCCAUUUUUAACAAGCAAUACACAAUUGAGAAAUUUUCAUAGGCCUAAAUUGCCUGGAAGAUUUUUACAAAGUUUAGUCAGUAGUAGAAGUGGAGGAGGUGCUCCAAUACUUUCUCUGACAAGACAUAUUAGAAUGACUAAUCAGAGAAGAGAGCGUCAUUUAUCUGGUGAAGGUGGAGGAUUUGAUAUAUUUUUAAUGCGUGAAGUACACGAUUUGAGUGGUAGAGAUGGAACUUUGUUGUUAAUGGAAUAUUCUGAACAAUUUCCUCCAUUGCUUAGUCAACCUGGAAUGGCUUCAAAAAUUCGAAAUUAUUAUAAAAGGGUUUGUUUUUUUUUGUUAUUUUUAUAAGAGGAGGAAUUUUUGGUUGAAAAUGAAGUACUUCAAAGGAAUCACUCCUUUUUCCCAAUUUCUUUGUUUUCGGUAUUCAGAACGUUUUGUUACCCUUCCCUGGUUCCUGUGGAUCUGUUAUUUCUGUUGCUGCUAAUUUUUUUAAUUUCUAGUACGGGUCUUUUAAUUUCUAGUACGGGUCUUUUAAUUUCUAGUACG